AUGGCUCCUGUGAUCGAAUCUCACACCGAUGUACUUAUCAUCGGUGCUGGCCCUUCUGGCUUAGCCGCUGCAUACUGGAUGGCUCGUUGUGGUGUCAAUGCCCGUAUCGUCGACAAACGCGCUACGAAGGUGUUCCGUGGCCAUGCUGAUGGAUUGAGGGCCGGAACAUUGGAGCUCUUUGACAGCAUGGGCUUUCAGCACAGAGUCUUGCACGAAGGCGUGGAGAUCACCGAGUUCUGCUUCUGGGCGAGGGACGAGAAGGGAACCUUGAAGCGAACAAAACAGGUUCGGAGCGAAAGCCUCGACAAUGCGCCCUAUCGCAUGCAUGGCUUGAGCCAAGGAAGAAUCGAGCGCUAUAUCCUCGACGCUAUCAAAGACAGCUCAAACCUUAUGGUCGAGAGAGGUGUCGUUGCGGAGUCACUUGAGUAUGAUGCAAGCCUCGAGAAAAAUCAUGACGAAUACCCGAUCACGGUCAAGCUGAGGACACUCACCGAAGAAGAGCUAAGUGCUGCUUCAACUGAUGGUGGCUCACGAUCUCUUUCUCGUGACAACGUAGCACCGGACGAUGUGGAAGACCUCACUCCGGAGAGAAAGCACGAGCCAGGUACGAUCGAGAUAGUUAAAGCAAAGUAUCUCAUUAGUUGUGAUGGUGGCCGCAGCUGGACCAGGAAACAGUUGGAUAUCCCCUUCACAGGUUCCACAACCGAACACAUAUGGGGUGUCCUGGAUGUGAUCCCUAUCACCAAUUUUCCUGAUGUACGCCGAGCGGCUACGGUGGCAAGUGAAUUUGGAACACUCCUCGUCAUUCCAAGAGAGAGGCAGCUAGUCCGUUUCUACGUCCCACUGACAGAGGUCGACGUCUCAGGACGGUUUGAUCGUUCGUCUAUUACGUUGAGCAUGAUGCGGGAAAAGGUGCAACAGAUGUUGAAACCGUUUCAGUUCGAUUUCAAGGUCUGUGACUGGUGGACUACAUAUCAGAUUGGUCAAAGAAUUGCCCAGAACUUCACCAAAGGUCGCAUAUAUCUCGCUGGUGAUGCGGUCCACAAUCAUUCCCCGAAGGUAGGAUUGGGUAUGAAUAUAAGUUUCCAGGACGGCUUCAACAUCGGCUGGAAAGUGGCCCUCGUCGCAAAAGGAGUAGCUCAUGCCUCCAUCCUUGACACGUAUGAACUUGAGCGCCGCCCGCUCGCCGAGAUGCUCGUGGAUUUCGAUCGUCGCUGGUCGCCGCUAUUCCUGAAACAACAGGAUGGCUCUCCUCCUCCGGACGCGGAAGCAAGGUUCGAAGCCAUGAGGGAGGUUCUUAACUCAGUGGAGCCAUUUGCCGAAGGCCUUUUGUCCCAUUACGGAGACAGCCCGCUAGUCCAUAAAAACGGGCAAGAUAUAGCCAAAAUCCUUUCACCGGGGGAGAGACUUAUUUCAGCCAAGGUUCGCAACCAAGCUGAUGGUACAACCCGGUGGACUACCGGGGUCUUUCAGAGCGAUGGUCGCUUCCGUAUCUUGCUCCUUGCUGGUGAUAUACGGACGGAGGAGCAGAAGCGUCGGGUUCUGACCUUCAGCGAGUAUUUGGCAUCCACUCAUUCGGUUCUACGGCAAUUUUCACGCAAGCCUGCGAAGCUACAUGCGACUAUUGAUGUGGUUACCAUUCAUAGUGCGCCCGUGGAGGAUGUCCAGUUAUUUGAUUUCCCGGAGGCCCUACGGCCUUUCGAUGACGACAACGGCUGGGAGUACGACAAGAUAUGGGGUGAUGAGAAAUGCCAUUGGGACAUGCAGUGUGAUGGAAAGGUAUAUGAAAAGUGGGGGGUGGAUCGACUGAAAGGUGCCGUUGUUGCUCUGAGACCAGAUCAAUACAUCGGGUGGAUUGGAGGCUUAGAGGACACUAAGGGGCUGUCAGAAUACUUUGAAGGGAUUUUCCGAACCCCCAAGCAGAGAGCUCUUCUUUGA